AUGAAUUCCGGUCGUCAACCGCUGCAGCUAGCCUUGACGCUGCUUUUGUGCUCAAGAAUCGCGACGGCAGCCGAAGUCGUCAAGAUAGGUGGCAUUUUCGAUCAAGAGGAUGAUCGUCUGGCAAAAGCCUUCUCCUUGGCUGUGGAUAGAGUGAACCGGGAUAUGGGGGAUCUAGAGUCGGCGACGUUCCGCGCAAAAAUCGCAAGAGUUCUUCCCAAAGACAAUUUGGCUGCUUCGAGACACGUGUGCGACAUGCUCCGGGAGAAAGUGGUCGCAUUCGUUGGACCCACUUCCGACAGCGUCAAAGAAUACUUGAAGUCCGUGGCAGCAACUUUCAACAUUCCUCACUUCAGUACGGACUUCGAGAUUCUCGAGCGUAGAGCGCCUUACACGCUAUCGCUCCAUCCGGACCUGCAAUCCUUGAGUAGACUCUUGCGAGACAUCGUCGAAGACAAAAAAUGGCGGAAAAUCGCGGUAAUCUACGAUUCAGACGACGUGCUCAUCAUCCUCAAAGACGUGCUCACAUACGGUUUCAAUCAGAGCCUGGCUGACGUUCUCCUCUAUCCAUUCGACGAGGAAUUGAGUUUCGAAAAAAUGCUGAAGGACAUUGGAUCACAGCAGCACUAUAACCUCAUUGUAGGUUUGCAGCCCGAAAGAGCUAAGCAGUUGCUCUUGGCGAGUCAGGGGCUCCACAGCAGCUUCUACAACGCGUACCUCAUCUUAGACUUGGACUUCCACGCCGUAAGCAUGAGCGGAGCACGGAUGGAGAAUUAUUUCGCUAACGUCACCUUGAUUCGCCUGGCCGAUCCACAUAGAGAAGACGUCAAAGCUCAGCAAAGUCAAAAGACAGCGGCGCCGUACGCAAACGCCCCAGGUUUGCACUUGUCUCUCUGGAAGCCGACACCGAAUCCUUUUGACGAGCUCGAAAUUUCACAUUUCAGCACAGAGGAGGCCCUGAUCUACGACGCAGUGACCUUGAUAGCCCACAGCGUACUGAGCCUGCUCCGCAUGAACGCGAUCAGUUUCCAAAAAGUGAACUGCAAUAAAACCGGCAGUCGCUGGGAUUACGGUCAAGCGUUGCUGGACAACUUGAAGGAGGUGACUGUUCGGGGACUGACGGGUGAUGUGCGCCUCGAUAGGAGCGGGAAGCGGGACGCGUUCUCCUUCGACAUUCUUGAGAUCAACAGAACGUCCGAAGUUUGGGCUUACAGGAAAUCUGUUGUCUGGGAACCGCGUUCAGGUUUGAUCAAGCGCAAAGGGGAAGAGGUUGAGGUGGACAAGGAAUUCUCCGUCGAUGGAAUGGUUCUGCGCGUCGUUACAGCGCCGAAUGAGCCGUACACAAUCAUUGACGAAACCAAAACGGGGCAGGACAGGUUUAGCGGCUACGCGAUCGACCUGAUAAAAAUGUUAGCCGAACGAGCGAAUUUCACACCGGAGUUCUACAUCGUCGCCGAUGGCGCCUACGGUUCCCACCAAGGCAACGGUGUUUGGAACGGACUCAUCGGAGACCUCAUGAAACAUACCGCCGACAUCGCAAUCGUGGAUCUGACGACGACUGCCGAACGUGAAAGCGUCGUGGAUUUCACAACUCCAUUCAUGAGCACCGGGAUCAGCAUCUUGUUCCGAAUCCCCGAAAUGCAGCCACCGUCGCUCUUCUCUUUCAUGCAUCCAUUUUCGAUCGUGGUUUGGUUCUACACUCUGACAACCUAUAUCCUCAUCACUCUCGGGACCUACAUGUUGGGUCGCUUCACCCCGUACGAAUGGGUCCCAUCGCAUCCGUGCGAUCCGGAUUCUGAGCCCGAAAACCAGUUCAGCACGCUCAACAACUGUUUCUGGUUCACCAUGGGAAGCAUUAUGCAGCAAGGGUCCGACCUUGUGCCUCGAGCUGUCUCCACCAGAACCCUCGCUUCGCUGUGGUACUUCUUCUGCCUGAUCUUGAUCUCUUCCUACACCGCCAACUUGGCCGCUUUCCUCACAGCGGCGAGAAUGUCAAAUCCAAUUGAGAGUGCGAACGAUUUGGCGAAACAGACGGACAUCGCAUAUGGAGCGAAGGAUGGCGGUUCGACCCAAAGAUUUUUCCAGAACAGCAACAACAGUGUGUACAAGCGGAUGUGGGCCUAUAUGGAGUCGACGAAACCCUCGGUUUUCCCCAAGGACAACGAUGAAGGCAUUCAGAGAGUUCUCAAGGGAAAGUAUGCGUACUUGAUGGAGGCCACUUCGAUUGAGUAUCUUGUGGAGCGCAACUGUAAUUUGACCCAGGUUGGCGGUUUGCUCGACAAUAAGGGUUAUGGCAUCGCAACCCCCCAAGGGUCUCCGGUUCGAAAUAUCUUGGAGCAUCAUCUGAUCAUCAUGCAAGAAUUCGGUGUUCUCCAAGAGCUCAAGCAGCUAUGGUGGAAAGCUCCGGAGAAUCCUUGCGUGAGGAGCAAAGACGACUCGGCUGAAAUGACCAUGGACUCUCUCGGAGGCGUCUUCUUGACUCUCGUGGUCGGGGUUCUCUUCGGUCUGCUGGUCGGCAUUUUCGAGUUUUGGUGGGACAAAUCGCAGGCACCAUACGGCGAACGACAACACAUACUUGUCGAAUUCUUCCGGGAGUUCAUGAUGGUCAUCACCUGCACUGGAUCUCGACCCAAUCCCGAAAACGAGGGGAGCUCGGAAGCGGACGAUGUGUCGAAAAAGUCUUCCCCUUAAUCACCGCAUUCGUUGACCGAUCUUCAGCUGAUCCAACGGAAGACUUCGUCGAAUCUGGCGCUCAUUUCGAGAGGAAAUGCUCCUUGGAUCGCAGUUCUCAUCUUAUUCGUCAUUCGGGAUGUCGGGAAACAGUCAGCGUAGUAAUCAUUCAGGAGAGACACACAGCGGAUCUUUUUCAUACGAAAACGUCAUAGAAGACAAGC